UAUCCCGACGGAGUGAUGCGCUGCUCAAACAUGAUGAAAAACCUAUAAAGAUACAGAAGCGAGGGUUCCUUCUUAUUCCUCUUUGAAACCCGCAAUAAUUUCGUCGUGUUUCCGGCUGGCCCGGUGACAGUACACAUGCGCACUCACAGAACUCUCGUUCCUUUCGUCACUAUUGCCCUCACACUCGCUGCAAACGCAGUUCCAACUUCGUAUUAUCACGACAGUGGGAACAGUGCCGGUGCUUACUCUACGUCUGUUAUUGGAGUAGCCAGUCCUACUCUGUCUGCGCGCGGCUCUGGCAAACCUCUUUCGCCUAUUCCUGAACAGGAUGAAAGGCCAGCGCCUAAACCCAAAGCUUCGGCGGCUGUUGUCAUAAAUUCCAAGUUUACUAAAUCUCCUGGUCCUCCACCUGAUCAUCCAGCGCCGAACCUUACUGAUUUACGAAAACUGGGAGAUCCACCUCAUGGUCGACCUCUUCCGCCAAUUCCUAAACCAAAAGAACAUUCCCAACCACCAGCUCCUCCUGCUGUCCCGGCACGCAAUCCUAAUCGUCCUACUACUCCUAAAUCCCAUGAGCGGGUGCCCUCCAACGAUUCCACUGUACCUAAUUUUUCUCGUCCUUUGACUCACAGUCCAAGUACCUCUUUCAAUGGACUCACACCGGACAAAAAGAAAGAACCAGAUGCAAAAACGAAUGAGACUGCCGUUGUGAAAAGUAAUGGAAGUACUACCAAGACGCUUGAUUCUGUAUUCUGUUGACGAUGGGCUACGGCUGAAUGUAUCAUUGUAUGUACUCUUACUUGGUAUCACCACACGAUCUCCAUUCUUCUACUUGUUUUUGAUUGUGGAAACAGAAAGUAUGAUCGAG